UUGCUCUACAAUGCUUCGUUUAAUUUUGUUCUGUAUUAUUUUUGCAUCAGGACUUCUAGGCUUUGUUCUAGGAAAAGAUCCUGAUGGAAACAACUUAGUGGACACUACAACAACAGCUCAGUUUCCUUUUGUGACGACUCUUAGUAUGAGACUUAGAGGAAUAAUUAUUGCUCGCGUUUGCUCAGGCACUAUUGUGUCUGAUCGAUGGGUUCUCUCAGCAGCACACUGUCUAGCAGAAGCAACACCUGAAAGUACGAGCGUUUUCAUUGGACAUGGUCAACCCGGUGGAACUACUGAAAUAUUGGCUGAUACUCUGAUCACUUACCCAUUUUACGAACCAACAACGCGCAUCAACGAUAUUGGCCUUAUUCGAACAAGGGAUCAAAUUGUCUUCAAUGACUUCAUUCAACCUUUACCAAUUGGAAAGGAAGAAGUUCCAGGAGGAGUGUCUGCAGUAACAGUUGGUUUUACCGGGACUUCUGUGCGUUGGGUGUUUUCUUCGACUUUAACCAAUUCGGAGUGCAUUGAAGCCGUUGGAAUGCCUGAUUCUGUCUUGGAUUCAAAUAUCUGCGCAAUGAGAAUUGACGAAGGUGAUCAUGGUUUCAUACUGCCGGGUAGUAUACUGAUGGUUGGGAAUACAGCUGCUGGUAUCCUGUUCUGGAGUAUCCCAAGUCCUGAAUUUAUAGAUUCCUUUAUCAGAUUGUCAGAAUUCCACGAUUGGAUUCAAGCGGUUAUUCAGUAAGGAUCAGAGUGAGCAAACAGUGAAAAUCAAGCCAAG